CUGUUGGUUUAUAUUAAAGGAUUGCCACUUCACCGAUGUAAACUCCACAGAAUAAAACAACGUUAGCCUUGUUCUGCACUGAGCAAGCGACGGUGUUUCAGUCCUUCUUAGUAUUGUCGAGCGGCUCUUUUCAACAGGGGCGUUAUUCACGUCCCAAGAACUCCGCAGUGGUGUUCUCCUCGGUUUACUGAUUGUACGUGAACAUAACAACUACCCGCUAUGACUUGAAGAGGUCGUGUACAGCAUCCAGUUCAGAGAAACCUCACUUAAGAUAGUGACGCACUCACCGAAGCAGAACUGUUAGAGGCCGGGUGGUUAGGAUCCUGCGAUCUUCCGGUUAGAGAUUCCGCAUUCGCGAACCAUCCGAAGCAACUGAUGUUCGAGAGCGCUGUGCGUCAGUUUUGAUGAACUAAAGACGGGAUGAAAUGAAAAUGAGACCAAAUACUACGAGAGAGUACGGCUUGGAUGCAACUGCCAUCGUUGGUUGUGGAAUCUCGCUGUUUUUUUGCGUGGUUUCCACUAUCGCUUUUAUAUUUUUCAGGUGAUACAUUUCUCAUUGUUCAUAUCCUUCAAUGUUUAGAAUAGUUUAUCUCAAGUUAGUGCUUUAAGACAGACUAAAAUAGCGUUGACUCCCACAGAAAACCCUUGUUAAAUUUGUCAUUUCCGCCUUAACGAAAUUCCUUUUGAAUGAAAUCGUUUUGCAACGCUUAAAUGAGUCUACCUAAAACUAUUACUGAUCACUCUUAUGAAACAUGAUUUAUGCAGACAAGGAUGGUUUUGGCAGGUACAAACAAAACUUUGAAUAUCAUGAAAUCUGCGGUGAGCAAUUGUAAUUGACAAUGUUAGAGAAUGUCUGCAAAUGAUAGAAACAAAAAUUGGAAUUCGUCGAAAAAGCCUUAAUCGAGGCCAGCAAAUUGACUCCUUGAUGUUUCGAACUUCUGCUCGUGUGCUAAAUAUAGUUUAAGAAAACUGAUACAUACACUUCGUGUAUGAGUCGCUGAAACUUCCCUGAGGCUUUCACUAUCGACCCCGUAUUUACCUAUAAAUUGACAGCACACCUUGUAUUUUUAAAGUUUAAUCUUAUUCCGGCCGUGAGCUGAAUAAAUACGAACGAAAUCGCGCGUCAAAAACCAAUGUGGAUGUAUAUUCCACGAUUUAUUGUUGUAGCAAAAAAAUUUCUUGAACGGAGUUCGUAUUUCUUUCUUUCGAACCAGCGAGAUGUGUAGUUUUGUGUCAAAAUACAGUUUCUUCGAUUUCCAUCAUCUACGUUCAAAGUGGAAGAGAUAAAAGAAGACAGAACUUUCUUUCGGUUCAAAGCGGCAAACAUUUAUUAAGGCGUCGAUCAAGUAUAUUUUUACCCACAGCCAUUACGAUAUACAGUAGUUUUCGUCUGUCUUUCAACAUUUUGACAGCUUUUGCAAUUCAAUGCGGGCAAGAAUAAAAAGAUCAUCAAGCAGAAUGAAAAAAAAAACAUUUUGAACGAGGAACUUUGCAUUUUCAACCGUCAAUUGACCAGUUGUUUAUAUAUUUUUCGCGUACGGAACAUUAUAAAACACCAAAACAUCGAUCAAUAUUAUGAUGCUCUCAUCUUUCGAAACUGACGAAAAUAUAAGAAUAAAUUUAACCAUGCGAAAAACAUCGCGAAAUUGAAAUACUGAAUAUACAUCUAAAUCAUUUAUAUGGGGCUAUUGGCAACCUCAAAACCAUUUGGAUGCAAAGUAUAUGAAUGGAACUAACUCCAAUUUUCCCAGAUGGCAUUCGGCCUGAAUAAUAUGCCAUUGUCAUAAAUUUGAUAACGGAGAGGAAAUGCCAUCUUAAUCCAUUCCAAAUAUUCCUUUAGGCAUUGCCGAAAACCAUGAUACGAUUUUCUUUCAUUUUUUUUUAAGAACCGAUUUUAAAAUGUAUUUUUUUAUCCCGACAAGCUGUUCAUUGAAAAUAUGGUCUAGUCUAUGGCCCUAAUUAGCAUCCAAAUGUCUUUUUUCUUUCCACAAUGUUUAUUUAUCAUUAAUUUUUCAAGUAAUUGGUGCUAUCUCCAAUACAAGGAGAUAAUCGCGGAAAUCUGCAUACAUUUAUCCGUUCAAUUAAUGGCGAAUGUACACGGAUCUACUAAAUAGAUUUGGGAAAAAUGAACCAAUAUGUUUGCAUUUUGAAACAAUGUCGGAAAACCCUUGAAGUACCUUGGCCUCUAUUUCAUGAUUACUUCACCAAAUCUAAAACUUAGAGGAUGUUUCCAACGUUCAAACUAAGUUACCAAGCGACUUUUUUCAUCGUUUCUCCUGAUAGACCCGAUGACUCCUCACCGGCUGUGCUGUCGAAGGAAAUGGGGAAAAUAGCGGGAUUAUUAUCAAAAUUUCCGACUUAUUGCCCGAAGGAAAUCUAAAUGGUUUAUAUGAUGCAAGUGUCCAUUUUUUGGAAAUUUUACACCUUUUUAACUGAGUCAGGUUCAAGGAAUAUAGCGAAAACAUACAAUAAAUCACUGACAGUGUUUAUAGAUCAUGAAUUUUGGGUAACGCAAAAAAUCUCGCGGAUUUCCCCAGGUUUUGAACAUUUUAGUUUCCGAUCUAUUGGUGGAAAGUUAAUUUUCUGUUUCCAGAUGCUAAAUUAUUUGUUAACAACAAAGGCACUUUGCUUGAAUUUUUUGAAAAAUUGACGAAUGUUUUACGUUUUUAAGUCGUCUGUUAGCUUUCAGGCUUAAAACUGGGGAGUGCCCUCAUACAAUGGCUGGGAAACACCCCCAACACGCAACCAGAAUGUUAUUCAUUUUUUUGGCAUGGCUCAAGUGCACUUCGAUUCUAAGAGGCUGCCAAUUUUAAUUUUUUUACUUUUUUGCCAUUUAAAAAUGCAUAAAAGAGUUUAGAAGCUGACGUUUCCAGUGUCAGCCCUCCGUCAUUUGCUCUCACGAAGGGCUAAUGCUCAAACAACAGCUUUUUUAACUCUUUACCGUGGCCAAUCUACAAUAUCAUGUCAGUUAAUCAAACCAAAUUAUCUUGUUACACAGGAUAUUAAUAACCUGGGAAGGUGAAAAUUUCCAUAAAAAAAACACUGAACUCGUCAAGGAAAACUACCUCAUGUGUUCGUCGCCAUCUUUAAUUUGAGAGGCAGGGGAAAUAUUUCCAUCAUCUAAGUUCAAAGUAGAAGAGAGACGCAAAUGAAGAAAGUAUCACGAGUAUGAUUACAGACAGAAUUGGACGACACGAAUUCCUGUUACCAAUUAAUUAUAACCAUUACAAUUUCCGAAAAAAAGUACAUGUAGAACAAAUAUUUCCAAUGGAGAAAAUAUCUAAAGUAAAACAAUUCCUCCAUUUUGGAAAUUCCCCAGUUUUUCUCAGAUAAGUGGUUGUUGCUAUGGUUAUUGUGAUCAAUUCUGUGAUUGGUGGAUUAAGCUGAGUGGACUAAGUACGAUUGGCUGCUUCAACUGUCCGAUUACAGGUGUCCGAUUAGAGCUAACUGUCCGAUUUCACAGUCCGAUUACAUCUCUACAUAAUAAUUAGUGAAAAAUAAAGCAGUCAGUUCACCAGUCACAUUUGAGGAAAUUGUAAUGGUUAUGAUUAACAGAAAAAACAUAGAGAGAGACACGUGAAGCAUUAUUGGAUGAUUGCUCACAAUCCCUCAUCUGCAUUACAGUUUCACUAUUCAAUCGCAAAGACAUAUAAAGGGGUUUUCGUUUGAUUUGUUUUAACAACGACUACUUUUUUUUACUCUAGACCUCGGACAGAGUCGUUUCUUAUCAAACAGCAUUUGAUCUUGGCUGUGGGACUGACUCAAGUUGUUCUGUUGCUUAGCAUAGCUGCUUAUAAAAAGGAGGUGAGAAGACUGUAAAUGCUCUCCAAUAUUAAAACAUUACUGUGGCAACUUUUACUUAACAAAGUACAAAGUGGAAAGGUAGCAGGUGUUGAUAGGUUCAGAACCUCUUCUUGAGAGCAGACAGGCGAGUAGACAGGCGAGAAAAACGCAGUUUUGGUUGUGAGGAAAACGGUAGCCCUUUCAUUUUUUAAAUUCAUUGAAUUAUUUUGGCCUAAACCUAACCUUCUAAGUGUGCCCGCCCUUUUGAACUAAGAGUCUGAAACUAGGCCAACCUUCAGCAGACUGCGAAUGCAGACGUAAUUCCGGUUGUCACUAUCGGAAAUACCUGUCUCUCCACCCAGGAGUAUAAAAGGGUCAAGGAGGCCUGAGAAAUUCCGGAGGGUAGCCAUGCAACUGACUUGCAUCCCUUCUAGGGGUGAGUAGCGCUACUCCUAGUGGCUUCAUACUAAGCUUAAGCUAGGUGUGCCACGUGGCUCGAGAAUAAAUAUCACCUUCACCUUACUCAAUAAGUGCAUAACCAUUUUCUUCACAGGAAGGAUGUCAAGCGAUGUCGGUCAUUCUUCAUUAUUCCGUUUCAUCUUGUUUUUCCUGGUGUCUAGUGGAUAGUUUAUUCUUGUACUUUACUCACACCAACAGCUCUCAUCCUCUAAGAAAGAAUAUUUAUUAUUUGCUACUUGGCUGGGGUGAGUAUCUGGCUAAAAAUGUUUCAAAAGGAGAAAGUUGUAAUAAAAAAUACCAAUCGCCGCGGAUUGUAGGACAGAGAAAUUUUCAAUAGAGGGAGUAAUUCGGGAUUUCCAUGGUUUUACUGAAUUUUGCUUUGUGCUUGGUCCAGAAAACUUGUCCCAUCCUCUCAACUAAUCAGAUGCAAAACUUAAAACAAUCGCGCGUUGGUCAUUCGCUUUUCCCGCGCUUCAAGCAGUUUGCUUCUUUUCACUUUGAGUUACUAUUGGUUAAUGAUAAUGUUAACCCUUUUUUAACUAAUGUUUGACUGCGGACAAAACUUUGGAUUUGGGUUUUCAACUCUUGCUUGCGAACUGUUCUAUUAGGGUAAAAAAACAAGCAGUAUCACGUGCCCCGAGGGAUAAACGUACAGGAUACUUUUUUCAAUAAAGUUUUGACAAAAUGAGCAGGAAAAAACCUGAGAGGAAAACAGCUGUCUUCCUGUAAUCAAAAUUUGCAGUAGAGAGGCAAGCUUCUUGAAGAGAAUCAAGAAAUGAAAGGAGAAAGGAGAUAAGGGAAACGAAAUAGAUAUAAAUUAACUUAUAAAUAUAAGUUAGCGAAAUAGUUGAAGCGUAAUGUUAGGGGAAGGUAAAUGAGAAAACAUGUUUGCAUGAAUGAGUUGCUUAUGGGCAAAGAGCAGUAUAUACUACCACAAAAUUUCUCAGCUUGAUAGGUUGCCAGUUUUACUUUCAUUUUUUUAUAGAUAUGGGGCUUCGCUCCGCGCGCAGAGCGUGCUGCGAGCUCCGCUAUUAUGGAUUACGCCUGAAUCAAUUCAACCUUUUUUACUGCACUGUACACCUGUACAAAGUGCUUCCGCUGUCAUUUUAACCAGUUUUUAUUUCGUAUUCCUCUUUAGGCUUUCCAGUAACUGUGAUAGCAAUAUCUCUUGCCAUUGGGUUUAAAUCAAAACAGUCAGAGCAAGUGUAAGCGUUAUAUUCUUAUCACAAUUAUUCAAGACUGCAUGAACAGCUAGCAUAUCAGCCAAAAGUUUGGUCAAUCGAUCAGUAAGUCGAUCAGUGAGACAUCCGGUUCGCCCGUCAUUUUGUUCGUCAUUUCAGUCAGUCAGCCAGAUAGUCAGUCAGUCAGUCAGUCAGUGAGUCAAUCGAUCAGUCAGUCCAUCUCUCAAUCUGUCAUCAGUCAAUCUGCAAGCAGUCAGUCCGUUCCUAAUGUGACAGCUGAAUCAUUCAGUCUAGUUAUUUCGUCAAGUAUUUACUUAGUCUAUACAUUUUUUGUACUAAGUUCUUGUUUUUUUCUCUCUUUGUUUUCAGUUUGUCUAUUUAUUGUUGCUGGCCUUCCGAUCGCAUAUUGUGGGCGCUAGUUAUUCCGUGUCUUCUCAUUGCGACGGUAAAAGAACUUUUUCGUGUGUGUAAUUUGUAUUAGGUAUCAUUUUUGUUUUUUAUGAAGGUGAAGGGAUUUCACAAAUUUAGGGAUACGAUUCGUUGGAAAAAAAACCAGCCAUCACCAUAAUUGAGAAUAUGAUGGUCUAUUUACGAUUAAUUGAUUAACAGAAAAAUGAAAAGUCUAAUUGUUUUAACAAAACGUUUCAGUUCUCAAAACCUAUCAAAAAAUUUUUCAGACUCUUUUAAAGUUAUUUCAAAGAUGCACUGAAGUUGAAAGAAGCACAAUUUUUACAAAAAGAAGCAACAUUAAGAUCAACAAUAGUUUCACUGACCAAUUGGGUGAAAAUUUUAACGAGUGCCUCAGGGCUCCAGUUACUUGGAGGACUUGAAGUCAUCCGUCAACGAAAUUUCGAAUUAUCAUUGUAAAUCCUAACUUUCUUUUGUUUGUUUUUAUACAGCUUAACUUAAUGAUGUUGUCCGUCGUUCUUCAUCACCUACGGCAACCUUCUUAUGAUAUCUGCGCAAGAGCUGUUCUUGAAAAACGAUAUACAAGGUGCUGUGCUUUCUCCGUCAAUUUUGAUCUCAAUUUCCGGAACCUUAUCAAAUAAUUUCUAGCAUUUUAAAGUUACCACGGCGGAAUGAUCAAAUAAGGGCCAAAAGUCUUCUACUUCGAUUUAGACAUUCAAUUGAAAAUUGCUCAAAAAAUCCCCGAUACUCGUUUUUUCUGCAGAUAUGGCAUCCGCACCAAUAGUAUAAUGUUACUUGGUUUGUGUCUUGGAUGGAUUUUUGGUAUUUUGUCUUUCCGAGAGGGCGAUGAUGUCCUUUUUCAACUCUCUUUUGGACUUAUUAAUGGGCUUCAGGUGAGUGGAUUGUUCAUCGUACGGACUAUCUCAAAAUAAAUGUAAACCACAUACCGACAUUUUGAAUAGCCUGGCUCACCAUCGAUUUCUCUGUGACUCAGUAGCAGAGCAUCAGACAGCGAAAUGGAGUUUCUUGAAUCGAUUCUUUGUUUGAGACCCAGUAAUUUUCUUCGCCCUGCACUCGUAACAAAACAAGUAACGUCUUUCUCAAGUCAACAAGGGAGCUCAAAAUUUACCACCUCUCUUGUUCUUCUUACACAUAUGGCGCUUGCAAAAUAAUUGAUCUUAAAUAACGAGGGAGGCUUUCUUUGCAAAUCAACCGCAUAAACAAAUUUUCAGUUGAUAGGGCAAAAUCUAUGCGCGCAAUCAGGAUCGCACUUAUUAAACGCGCAAUCGAACUGAGUGGGGCUUGAUUUCCGACGAAAGACUAAGAUUGUUCUUACUACCAAGCCAAUGACUAAUGUACAACAUUAUCCGUUGAAGUUGUUCUGUUCUGGGGGAUAACUAGACGCCAUCUUGGAUCCUAGUGUCCACUUUGGAGCACAUUAAAGAUCCCUAACUUAAUUCCUAGAACGAUGACAGCGUAAAAAAAAAAGGUUUUGUUUGUCUUUGAAAAUGGCGACCGACUUUUUUUGAAUUGGCUACCACUUUGAAGAAUUUAGGAGCUAAGUGGCUAUCAGAAGAAAAGAAUUAAUUUCACGCACUGUAGGGUAGAUGUGCACCUGUUCGUUAGCCUGCAGUUCAAGUCGUGUGCCCUUAACGGAAGAGGGUGGCCAUCGUUUGCCGCGCCAUUUGUUUGUAUUAAAAACCUAAGGCAUACAAAUCAGGGGGGCCACCCCUUAGCCGAAAGCUUUUCCUUACCCUAAAAUGUUGGCCGCCCAUGCUGGGAAGGAAUCUUGAGUGAUCACCUUAUUGCAUAUGACCCUUAACAUCGAGUUUCUUUUAUUCCAGGGAAUAUUUUUGUUUUUCUUCCACUGCGUUUUAAACAUUGAUGUAAGUAAAUACUGCUCAUAUAUUAUUCGUAUUUUUUUUCAAGAUCCUUCUGUGUUGGUAUAGAACCAAAAGCAUUUGAGUAACUGCUAAUAACACCAAUGUGCCCCAUUUUUUUCUCGAGAAGUCUAAUAAGCUACUAAUUAAUUCCUGCGCAGAUAAAAGGUUAUUACCAGUCUGGGGUUCACCGUUGUAGUCAUGAAGAUGGCUGUUUGACGGACAAGGAGCGCAGUAAACGAGGCAAUCCUCCCGCGCAUGUGCAAGACCCACAGGUAGGCAUGUUGGUCAUUCUUAACAACGAACGUUUUUUGACGUGGAAGAAUCUGUAGGUUAUUGUUUGAAGAUAAAUAAAAGGAUACAUUGCUUUCAAUGGUCAUGAAUAUUUGCUAAAACGAAAAAUUAUUCUUGGCCAAAAUUAAAUCCGAGGUUUUAAGCUUCCCAAUUUACCCACCAUAGCGAGAGAAAGCUACUUGGUGAGGUGAUACUUUCGUGGGUAGUAUCAGAUAUCUCGAAUUUUUAUUUUUAAAAAAAUUAAGUGGAUGAAAAAUAACAAAAUAAAUACCCUUCUUAAGUUACAGGGGUCUCGUAGAAAGAUCAGCAGCAAGAGCCCGGCGAUAGAACACGUUCCUUUGAUAUCAGUGAGGGCCCAGACAAGGUCACCUCAGGUCAGUCUCGCAUUUGAAACUGGACAUCUUCAAAAUUACAUUUUUUUUUAAUUGUUAGUUUACAAUUUCUAAGAGGUGUUUGAGGUAAUGGGGUUGAAAUUUAAAAUUUUCUUUACGGCAGGUCCCGAUGGGCUUCUACAUGUUCUAUCAUCCUUAAUCUGCGAAAGGGUUUUAAACUAAGAAAUACUUUUUACACUCGUAUAGGAAGAAGGUUCUUCGCGAUCCCAGUCCUCCGAACCAAAAAGCGAUCCUCGGCCACUAGAGGUUACAGUAGCAUCAAAGGUGGAAUCCGAACCAGAAGUGAAAAAGGAAACCUCUGAGAGGCCACAAAAACCUGACCACGAUGCUUAUCCAAGUCUACCAGGAACACCAGAGCCGCAUAUCACUGAAGUGAAUGUGAAACAGACGAAAAGACAGAGUCUACCACCCGAACUGACGCCGAAAAAAAGCAGCAAGAACGAGGUGGAGGGAAUAAGUAAAUCGGCGACAAUAGCCGGUCUAGCGAGCUACACGACACCAGUUGCGGACAGUGGAACCUUCCAACAUCCACAGACUGAACAUUUAAAGGUGAGUAGCAACGAGUCAUACAAAGAAACCUCAAAUAAUAUUCCUUGCUUCACAUACAUCGCCAGUCAAUGUCUAUCCCGGGGGAGGGGCGUUUGAGGUGGAUCACAUAGUUUCCAGGGGAAAAGGAGGGGGGUCAGUCGACACCAAAAGAGAAGAUAAAAUAUUGACUGCCAAUUAUGGUGGGUCAUAAGAAUAGUACAGAGAGCCUCAUGAGAGAAUCAGGUUACACCGACCCCCCCGUGAUACAUAGUGAUCGAUCCCUUGGUGGAGCCUUCAUGCAACUAACGUCAUCUCGCUUGCUCUUCUAUGUGGUAAAGUGCUGCGUUCCUGUAUCAAUUAUUCAGGUUCAUACUAAGGUGGAGAAAUCCCACAGUGAGCCGAUGUUUCCUCCAGUUAAUGAUCCAGCGAAACCGAGCGAUAAGCAGCCCGCUGGUCAUGUGCACAGCAGUACAGACACUCGAAAGCUUAGUGUCCAAUCCUCUGCCUCGACUGGAGGAUCGGGAGAAAGAAAACCCCGACGAACAUCACGCGGAACGCAUCAAGGCGCUUCUUUAAACGAGGUAAAGUUUACAGGGAUCAAUGUCAAAAUCCGAGCAACUGCACACCUACCCCUCCCCUUACCCAACAUCAACCGUAAAUUUGACUGUUGUUGGGUUAUGGGAAAGGUGGGUGCGUAGUUACUCAGAUAAAGACGUUGAUCCGGUAAUGUUACCAUUUACUGAGACCGUUAAGUCUUAUCAUCUCUACUAAACUUUCAUCAUUUCGUUUUAUAUCUACUUAUUCCUUUUCUCUUUGCAUAUACUCCUGCAUUUCAGCUGGAAAGCUUGUUUUCAAAUCCGGUGUACGUCAAACCUCAGAGACCAUCGGUGUCUAGUUUGCAUGGACCACGUGACGGGGGAGAAAGAAAACUUUCACACGAGGUAUAAGGAUAUCAUGAUAGAAAUUCAUUCCUUUCGCUUGAUGCUGACGAUGUGAUAUUAUGAUGUUAACUGACUUGGAUACAUCUGCUUUGUUUCACAGAUGGCUCAGAGGCCGGGGUCACGAACAUCCUCGAGAAACACAGAUGAAACAAUGCUUUAAAAGAAAGAUAAACGUUUCUAAGCAAUUAGAAGAGAUCUGCCGUCUAAAAAAUCCGGAGUCCGUCUUAUUUAAAUAAUAUGAAAUGUUCUUGUCGGAUCAAUUUCGACAUUCGCGAAGAAGAAAUAGAAAACUUGCGUUUUUUAAAAGGAUUUAAUAGGCCAAAAUAUUAGCUCCAUCCUUUGUGAAAUUUAGAGUGGACUUCGAAAAAAAAACCGAACAAACUAUCACCACGAGCCUAUGAAAACUCAAAGUAGACAUGUACAAACCAAGCAUCCAAAGCCCAGGAAAAAGCACGUGGCAAAGGCGUGGUUGGUAUUUAUUUUUGCAUGUGAUUGGUUGAUAGGGCGGCGCGAACCUUCUCGAUCAUUUCCAGGGUGCAGCGAAAUAGAACCAAAGCAAUCCAAGAUAACAUUUAACAUACAAUUUAGGCAUCUGUAAGAGCUUUUGAAUACUUAGGUACUUGAACGCAGCCACUUUGAAUUAAGAGUGAUGACAAAAAUACCUAUAAUUUUACAAAAAAAACACCUGAAAUAAAGUUGCACUUAAGUUGAAAAAGAG